AGUUUAAUGACUAUAAUUUGACUGAUGAAGAAAGUAUGGCAAUAAAAAGUUUACUGGCUUAUUUUAACUCCUUUAAAAACUUAAAAGAGUAUUUGGGAAAUGACAAAGAUAUUAGUCAAAUUGAUCAAACUAGAUUUUACCACCAAGGUCAAACUUUAUCUGACCAAGAAAAACAAAUCUUUGAACAAUUAAGAAAUAAAUAUAAAACUAAUGAACUAAAUAACUACAAAACUAAUAAUACCGGAAUAAUUCUGUUAUGUUCUAAUUGCAAAAACUCUUUUACUAAAUUAUCUCCCAAAUCAUGGGAAAAGAACAAACGAAAAAUCAAGGAGUGGGCUAAAUAUUGCCGACAUUUUAAUGAUAAUUGUAGUGUUGCCUUUUAUGAUAAAGAUAAACAAUGUUUAGUCGAAGAAAUUCAAAUCCUUACUGGAGGAAAGAGUCAUGAACUUUCUAAUAUAAUAAAAGAAUGUGAUUGCGGAAGUGGAAAAACAACUACUAUAAAUAGUUUUGAUGAUAUAGAACUUUGUGAAGAAUGUAGGUUUAAUAAAAAACCAAAUUUCACCCCCCCUCCCCCAACUUCAACUUAUCAAUACUUACCUACUCUCCAAAAU